AUGAACUCUGCCGAGCACGAGACUGACGAGAUUGAGCGAAGCGGAACUGACUGUAUUAAGCGAGUGUGCGUAAUAGGAGCAGGUCCUUCUGGACUAACUUGCUUGAGGGCACUGCAGAAAUUGGACGAGCAGAAGUUUGAAGUUAUUUGUUACGAAAGAUAUGACUCAAUAGGCGGAGAGUGGAACUUCAAUGGCAAAGAAGGUUUGGAAGAAGACGGACUGGAGACGCACUCGGCCAUGUAUUACAACUUGACCUGCAAUGGGUGCAAGGAGGGCAUGGAGCUGCCUGAACUUCGCUUUCCGUCAGAUGACCCAGAUCUGACAGGGUUCCCUUGCUACCCAGACCGAGAGUACAUUCUCAAAUACCUCAACACAUUCGCUGACAAGUUCAACUUAAGGCCAAUAAUGUUUUUCAAAUUUCCGAUUUCCCUUCGGUUUUAUGCCGAAGGUUUACGCCUUCUGCUAAUUGGCGCCGGUGACUCUUCUGAAGACAUAAGUAUCAUGGUGCUGAAAGAAGGAGCCCAAUAUGUGACAAUAGCCUACAAAUACGAACCACUAGACAGAAAAUUUCCCGACGGAAUAGACCAGAAGCCACUAGUCAACUAUAUACGCAACGACACUGUCACAUUCAUCGACGGCAGCGAAAGAAGUUAUGACGUCAUAAUCUACUGCACAGGGUACAAAUACGAAUUCCCCUUUCUGGAAGAGAGACUGCGCCUCAAAACAAGCAAUAGGAUGGUGCCGCCACUGUAUAAACAGAUAGUAUUUCCAGAGUAUCCCAAAUUGCACUACUUGGGCAUGCAGGAGCAAUAUUAUACCUUCACAAUGUUCUGGCUGCAGUCACAUCUCAGCGCAGAUAUUAUAAUGGGACAUUUCACUCUUCCUUCGCUUGAUGAAAUGCGAAGCGAGAUCGAACAGGCGCAAAAAGAGGAAGAAAAUCUAAGUUCGGAUUACGAUUCUAGAAUAGAUUUUCAGACUGCGUACGUGAACGAACUGUCUCAACUGACGGGUCAAGUGAGUGUGGACAUCGCACACCUCAUGCACAGAGAGGAAGCGGACAAAAGACGGGACAUUUCUACGUACAAACAACAGACUCACUUCAAGUCCAUUUUCUGGAAAUGA